CAUUUAUCUCCGACUCCCGGUCAACGUAAAGAAAUCUAGUAUCAUAUUACAAAGUAGAAGGUGUGAUGGGACAUAAUGAUUCUAGUGUGGCUGAGAAGAAAUCAAGUGAUCCCACGAAUGACAUUCCAAACUUCAAUGCUGAGAAUCUGCAAAGUAACAUGAAAACUAUAUAUUACAGCCGGACUUUCCUGUCUAUUAUUGCUGGGGUCAUUGCUGGAAUUUCGGGAUUCACAAGCUUAACUGGGUUUAUCUUUUAUUUCCUAGUCAUGGCAAUCACUUCGGUUGGGUUAAUAGCGAAGGCAGGGUUUUCAAUUCAUUCAUACUUUGAUAGCUGGAACCGGGUUGUACUUGAUGGGUUUUUUAGUGGGCUCAUGUCAUUCGUGCUAUUCUGGACAUUUGCCUAUGACAUCGUGCACAUAUUCUGAUGGAUUUAUUGCCGUAUCUCAAAUCAAAUGGAAGUAAAGCUGUGUGGUGUUGCUGCUGAGGCCUGCGAUGCUGCUCACUGUGAUGCAUUUACAUUAUCCGGAGGUUCAGAAAUAGCUUUAAUUAUUUUGUAUAAGCUUUUAAACUAUCAUGUGAUUUACUUUACUCUACAUUCCUUCCUCUUGCCUUCAUAAAUUUCCAGAAUUACCAUUUGGCUAGAGGGAGAUGUAUUGGUAGUAAUUGAUUGUGGGAUGGAAUCUGAUGACCAGGAAAUUUUGUAUGAAACCUUCUAUGAAAAUGAGUUGCACCAUUAA